AUGCGCAAAUUGACAUUUGAAUUUCCCCUGUUGUGCGCUUUCCUCUUGCUAUCUCCUCUGUAUUCAAAUGCUGCUGCUACACAUCCAAAACUUAAUAACAAAAAUAAUGCCAUGGACGCACUUGUUAACAAAGCUUGCUCACGGAGAACAGACGACAAACUUGCAUGCAUAAACUACCUCAAAAGCAAUCCAAAGGUAAUGGCAGCUGCAACAUCAAAGCCCUUAGACGUUGCACUUGCAAUUAUUCAGUCAGGUGCCGACGAAGCGAAAAAAACACAAGCAUAUCUGUCCAAACCCAAAGGAAAACUCAGCCCACAAGCUAUUCAGGCUUAUAAUUUUUGCAAAACCGAAUGGGAUACAUUGGCUAGUGGACUGGAAUGGAGUGUCAAGACUAUUAAAGAGGUUAAAGGCUAUGCUACUGAGACAGCGGAUUAUGAUCUUAUGGGGACUCUAGAACAUGGCAGAAGCUGUGCAACUAAGUUAGUUGAGGCACAAAUUAAAGAUCCUGUAAUAACAAAAGGGCUAGAAAAUGCGCAGUUGGCUGUAGUGGCUGCGCUACCAUUCUUGAGUGGGUAA